AUUCCAAUACUUUGCUGAACUCGACAACUUUUUUGCAUCACCUGGCCCUACUCCAAAUGACACAAACAGUUUGGAGGUUAUAUCGCGUCACCUUGAGGAUCAUAUUACCACUAUUGCGAUGUUCUUAUUGCUUGUGGGUAAUAAUGCUCAACAAAACCUUGUUGAAAGAACAUUAUGCAUGAAUCUUGAAAGAAUUUACGAGUUACUUCAGGAGAUGUUGGCUGAAAUAACACUUCAGGCAGAAGCUGAUAUACAAAGGCAUUGUAUGGACACGCAUUCUGCAUCUCAGAGAGGAAGACCAAAGUACAACAUAACAGCUGCUCAACUGACUAACAUGCGGGACUUAGGAUUUAGCUGGAUGGCCAUAUCUCGAAUACUGUCUGUCAACAUUCGAACACUGUACAACCACAGGACACAGCUUGGUUUACUGGACUACGGGAAUUUCAAUAACAUUUCAAAUGAUGAUCUUGAUUAUCUUAUCAAUGAGGUUCUUAGACAAACCCCUGGCUCUGGAGAGACUUACAUCACUGGUAGUUUGAGAGGGAGAGGAAUCCGAGUUCAACGAUGGCGAGUGCGAGAGCGAUUAAGAAUUGUCGAUCCAGUAGGAAGAAUGUUAAGAGGACGGAGGGCAAUUCAGCGGAGGGUCUACAAUGUUUCUAUCCCAAAUCAAGUGUGGCAUAUUGACACAAACCACAAGAUAAAUCCAUGGGGAUUUGUCUUUCAUGGAGGAGUUGAUGGAUAUAGUCGCUGCAUUACCUACCUGAGAUGCUGCACAGACAACAGAGCAUCAACUGCAUUACAACUUUUCCAGCGUGCUGUUGAUGUUUUUGGGCUCCCACAACAUGUCAGGGGUGAUGCUGGUAGUGAGAAUAUUGAUAUUGCAAGUUCCCUGUAG